GAGAUGAAAAAACAUUAAGUAAUAAUUUCAUGCAAUUAUUAGUAUGAAUAAAAUCGAGAGAAAAAUUUCUCAAUUAUAAAUCUGAUUUACUAUGGUAAGUAAUAGUAGAAAACUUGUGAGUCUAAAAGUCCGCGACUCUCAUCUACAAGUUGUUGUAACAGAUGACAGCACAUUCGUUGCUCAGGUAGUCUCUGGCGCCCACGCAACAACGUUUUACUCGGCUCGUAUCGCAAACGAGCAAAAGCGGCGUUGCCACGAUCGACGUCGAGUAUCGACACUCCAAAAAUUCCGAUCGGUUUAAUUUCCUUCUUUCCAAGCUCUCGCUUUUCCAUCAUUCUCGAAGCUUUCGAUGUACAAAUUGAAGCGUUGAAAGAGCUUUCGUCGAUACAAUUGCGAUCGCGAAUCGUCAAAAUCGAUCGAAUACUUUCGCGUCGAGUUCGUUUACUGGAGGGUCGUUCGAAAGGCGCGACACAACUCGCCGUCUAUCGAAUUGAAAAAAAGCCGACAACAGCGCUCGAGAACGAGGCGAGGGCGUCGAUCAGCUGCUGUUGCCGCGGCAGCAGUAGACAGUUUACAAAGCAAGUGCAUGCGACCGCGUGCGCAUUUCGGUUCCCUCAUCAUUAUACACGGAGGCAGCUUUUGGGCGAUCGACUCUACAAGCCGGCGACUGCUGCACGUGUGCGAGACACAUAAUCUUAAGCCCGCAUAAACGCACAAAUACAAACGAAAUCGGUGUUUUCGACUAUGAGCAUCGAGAUUACAUUCAUAAAUUGAGUAUGUCAAGAAGAAAAAGCGUAAGGGAUAGACAAUACGACAACGUGGAUUACACACAGCUUACCGAAACCGAUAAUGGUUUCGUGGAUUCACAGUUUGUAUCGCCUCCUAUAAAAAUACCUUGGAAGGCCAUUACACUAGCCUCUUUGUUAUUCGUUGGGGGCACUAUCAUGCUGGUUAUAGGUAGUUUGAUAGUGAGUGGACACAUUGAUUCAAAGUAUUCUGAUAGAAUGUGGCCAAUCAUAAUAUUAGGAGCUCUCAUGUUUAUACCUGGUGCUUAUCAUGUGAGAGUAGCCGUACAAGCUUAUCGUAAAAUUCCUGGUUAUUCCUUUGAUGAUAUUCCAGAGUUUGAUUAGACAAGACUGUGUCUACGAAAAAAGUGCAUAAAUAACUACUUUUGAUUCCACCAAUAUGUGCUGCUAACACACAUUUAUAUAGUUCAUUAAACUUGACACUAUCAAAAAAUUGAAAUUCCGUCAAAGUGUUAAGAUUUUAAAUAAUCAUAUUAUGGCCUAAAAAUUAAUGAAAAAAAUCGAUGUUUUGAACGUUUUUAUGUUUACUGUGAUAGUACAUGAUAAUUUUUUGUUAAUUCAAUGUUAUACUUUGUAAAUACUAUCAAAUAUAUGUCAAUAAUUAAAA